GAGCCGACGCCGUAGCUUUUGCGCACGAAUUAACCGUACGAAGCCUCCGGCGCAUUCUAGCGUAAGGCUACCUCUUUUAGACCGAUCGCGGGGGAUCCUUAAUUGCGAUUCCUGGACAACACUAGGGGCAUUUUCGACAUUUCCGAUGAGUCUCAAGCGUGAAGUACACCAGGCAAGGGUUUCGUCUCAUUUCUCUCUCAUCCGCUUUAAAUCCUUGAAUCAAGGGUUUCAAUCCGAAUUUGGGGUUUUCAUUCCCUCUCUGCAAUCCCUCCAUAGCCUCUACCAAAACCGCGUUGUUAUCUCCCAAUAGCGCUUUUGCUGACCCCAAAACCGCCUCUAUCUCCCCCUUCCAUACCCUAGCCCAGCUUGUUCCCUCCGAAUCGAAGAAAAAGAGGCGAUUCUCUUCUGAUUAUUUGAUAUCUCGUACAUAAUCCGUAAUCAGAAUAUCUGUAUCUGGUUUCAGAGACCUUCAAUCAGGUUUUCGUUAUCCGAUUGGAGGCGGAAGGCGGUUUUCCCUAGCAAGUCCUUGUUAUCGAAUCUAUAUCUCGGAAUCUGUUGAGAAAAUCUCAGUAUCCUGUAUCUGUGAUCUUUAAUCUGGUUUUGGGCUUCCUUUUUAACAUCUGGAGGUGGUUUGUAUUGUUGGAUUUGAAUUGGACAUAGGUUUUCUGAAUCGAGUUCCGGUUAUUGAAUUUCUCGCCCGAAGGCUGCUGCCGAUUUCUUGAGUGGAUUCCUCGAACGGAGAAGAUGAGUACUCAGAAGAAGAGGAAUUUCAAGAUAGAGGCGUUUAAGCAUCGGGUGGAGUUGGACCCAAAAUAUGCAGAGAAGACAUGGAAGAUUUUGGAGCACGCGAUCCAUGAGAUUUACAAUCACAACGCCAGCGGGCUUAGCUUUGAGGAGCUCUAUAGAAAUGCUUACAAUAUGGUGCUUCACAAAUAUGGAGAGAAGCUUUAUUCGGGGCUCGUGAACACAAUGACAUGGCAUCUGAAAGAAAUAUCGAAAUCGAUAGAAGCUGCACAGGGAGGCUUGUUUCUAGAGGAGCUGAACAAGAAAUGGGGCGAUCACAACAAGGCUUUGCAGAUGAUCCGGGACAUAUUGAUGUACAUGGAUAGGACCUUCGUUCCCAGUUCACAUAAGACUCCUGUUCAUGACCUUGGACUGAAUCUAUGGAGGGAUAAUAUUAUCCAUUCCACUGAAAUCCAGACAAGGUUACUGAAUACACUCCUUGAGCUUGUGUACAAAGAGCGGACAGGUGAAGUUAUAAAUCGUGGCCUAAUGAGGAAUAUAAUAAAGAUGCUGAUGGAUUUAGGAUCUACUGUUUACCAAGAAGACUUCGAGAAACCUUUUCUGGAGGCCUCAGCCAAUUUCUACAGGUCUGAGUCUCAGCAAUUCAUUGUGCACUGCGAUUGUGGUGAAUACCUGAAGAAAGCCGAGAGGCGGCUUAAUGAGGAAAUGGAGAGAGUUACCCACUACUUGGAUGCCAGAAGCGAAGCAAAAAUAACUAAUGUGGUGGAGAAGGAGAUGAUUGCCGAACACAUGCAGAGAUUAGUCCACAUGGAGAACUCUGGCCUGGUGAGUAUGCUUGUAGACGACAAAUACGAUGACCUGGGAAGAAUGUAUAAUUUGUUCCGUCGGGUCCCAGAUGGACUCUCGACGAUAAGAGAUGUUAUGACUUCUCAUCUUCGAGAGACUGGGAAGCAGUUAGUUACAGAUCCAGAGAGAUUAAAGGACCCUGUGGACUUUGUUCAGCGGCUUCUGGAUGAAAAGGAUAAACAUGAUAAGAUCAUCAACUUGGCAUUUAACAAUGACAAGACCUUCCAAAAUGCACUCAAUUCAUCGUUCGAGUACUUCAUCAACUUGAAUCCCAGGUCUCCCGAGUUCAUUUCAUUAUUCGUUGACGAUAAGCUCCGUAAGGGCCUGAAAGGGGUCAGCGAAGAGGAAGUGGAAAUCAUCCUUGACAAGGUGAUGAUGCUGUUCCGUUACCUGCAAGAAAAGGAUGUGUUUGAGAAAUACUAUAAGCAGCAUCUUGCCAAACGACUUCUUUCGGGCAAAUCGGUUUCAGACGAUGCAGAGAGGAGCCUGAUAGUUAAGCUCAAAACGGAAUGUGGAUACCAAUUUACGUCAAAAUUAGAAGGCAUGUUUACAGACAUGAAAACCUCUCAAGAUACGAUGCAGGGGUUCUAUGCAAGUCAGUCUGCUGAGAUGGGGGAAGGCCCUACUCUAGCUGUCCAAGUUCUCACGACAGGAUCCUGGCCUACACAAGCCAGCACAACUUGUAACCUGCCUGCCGAAAUUCUUGGCUUGUGUGAAAGGUUCCGAACAUACUAUCUUGGGACUCACACCGGGCGGAGGUUGUCUUGGCAGACAAACAUGGGCACAGCAGAUUUGAAAGCAACCUUUGGGAAGGGUCAGAAGCACGAGCUGAAUGUGUCCACAUAUCAGAUGUGCAUCCUCAUGCUUUUUAAUUCGGCAGAUCGCUUGGGCUACAAAGAGAUUGAACAGGCGACAGAAAUACCGGCCUCGGAUUUGAAGAGGUGCCUACAAUCCCUUGCUUGCGUCAAGGGAAAGAAUGUCCUUCGGAAGGAGCCUAUGAGCAAGGACAUUGGCGAGGAUGAUGCAUUCUUCUUCAACGACAAGUUCACGAGCAAAUUUUACAAGGUGAAGAUAGGCACAGUUGUUGCGCAGAAGGAGUCAGAGCCAGAGAAGCAGGAAACACGCCAGAGGGUGGAAGAAGACAGGAAGCCUCAGAUCGAGGCCGCCAUCGUGAGGAUUAUGAAAUCUAGGAAGGUGUUGGAUCACAACAACAUUGUGGCUGAGGUCACUAAGCAACUGCAGUCACGUUUUCUGCCGAACCCUGUCGUAAUAAAGAAACGGAUCGAGUCUCUCAUCGAGCGGGAGUUUCUGGAAAGGGACAAAAUAGACAGGAAAUUGUAUCGGUACCUUGCCUGAACCCAUAGGCAUCUUCUCAGGCCUAGUUUGGCCAGAUUGUAUCCAGUUAUGUGGUAAACCAGGCGGCUUGAAUUUCUGCCAGCUCUUGAUAGUUUCUCCCCCAACCCUCGAAUUCUUGUUUAAAUCACACCAUUCUCUCUUUGCUCCAUUUGUGAAUUGCUUUGCUUCCAAGUCCAAAUUGAAGAUUGUUUAGUA